UAGUAAAAAGCAGAUAUAUAAGCAAUCCUGCAACAAUUAGUUUCAUGAAAAUGAGUGAAGAAAAUGGAACCACAAGUCCUAGUGUUGCAAGUGAAGAAGAUAUGUUGAUACCAGUACAGCCACCACAGAAAGGCCUAGGUGUUCUCAUGGGCGCGUCAUUCAUAGUAGGAACUGUCUGUGGAAGUGGAAUACUUGCUCUUCCCAAAGCUAUAGUGGAUGCUGGGUGGGCAGGUAUUGGCCUACUUAUAAUAUGUGGGUUGAUAUCUGCCUUCACUGGCAGCAUACUUGGUAAGUGUUGGACGAUUCUACGUAUGAGAUAUCCUGAAUAUGAGGAUCAAUAUAUACCAGACCCAUACCCUACUAUUGGUUUCCGUGCAGCUGGUAGGGUGGGCAGGUUCGCAACAAGAUUUUGUGUUGUGGGAACAUUGUAUGGAGGAGGGGUUGUUUACAUUCUAUUGAUCGCCGGCAACAUCUCCAACUUGAUUGAAAGUCUCGGUCAUGUAGAAAUACAUGCUUGUUAUUGGAUUCUCAUAAUCACUGCCGUCCUUAUUCCUUUUACUUGGCUGGGAACUCCCAAGGACUUCUGGCAAGCUGCGAUAAUGGCUGCUGUUACAACGGGGAUUGGCGGAUUGCUUGCUACUAUAGCACUUAUUGUGAUGGUACCAACCACCCCACCAGCCACACACUCCAUUCCAACGUUCAACAGUUUCUUUAACGCUUUUGGAACGAUUCUCUUUGCUUUCGGUGGAGCCAGUGUAUUUCCCACCAUACAAGUUGAUAUGAAACAACCGGACAUGUUUCCUAAGUCUGUUGUUAUAGGAAUUAUAUCUGUUUUGUGCAUCUAUUUACCCAUCAGUGUAGCUGGCUUUGUUGUUCUUGGAAAUAGCAUGACAAAUGCAAAUAUACUUGAUGACCUAGCAAAAAGUUGGAUGUUAUAUACUGUUCUUAUUCUAAUCACAUCACAUCUGUUUAUGGCAUUUCUCAUUUUGUUGAAUCCCAUAUUCCAGGAUUUGGAAGACUUCUUUAACAUUGCUAAUAAAUUCUCGUUACGCCGCUGCAUUCUCAGAGCCUGUGUCGUCAUAUCCAUGCUCUUUGUCGCCCUCAGUGUCCCACAUUUCGGCGUCAUACUGUCUCUAAUCGGGGGAACCACCAUCGCUGGAACCAACUUUAUUUUCCCGCCACUAUUUUACAUCUUGUUGUCACGGCAACGGGUACCCAGUGACGCACCAGGAGAACUACCGAAAUACCCCCAAGGACCACAGUAUGUGGGUGACAUCGCUCCGCCCGAGGGCCAAAGUUUGAAGCUCUCUGAAACCGACGAAGGCAUAAAACUAACCCCGCAAAAUAAUGAGCACGCCCAAGUCCCAUGGGUUACUUUUGAAAUCCCGCUUUAUUUGAAAGUAAUGCUCAUAGAAAUCAUAUUAAUAGGAUUAAUUGGAGGAGUUUCGUCUACUUAUUCAGUGAUUGCUUCAAUAGCCUCUGGCUCAUCGAUGUUUACAGUUCCAUGCUACGUCAAUUGGGCGACUGCUGAUGUGUGAGUUGUAUUUAAACGUUUAUUCUAUAAUUACGCCAUAGUCAUUUUGUACAAAACCCUUAUUGGCAAUUACUUCAACCCAGUGGCCACCAGAACCAUAGAAAUACCAUAGGUGUUUAUACGACUCUGGUGGCCACUAAUGG